GUAAUCUCCUGCAUCCUUAACAUCAACUAAAGCGUAACUCCGAAGUGCCGGGCUUAAGGCGUCAAACCUUCUCAAACAUCUGCCAGUUGAAGCUCCUUACGCCACACAAGAUGUCGAUCGCCUGUAGCCCUUUAUCUUUGUCUCACAGCUGCAACGCUAUGCAUCGCGGUGGGCGGAUCAAGAGGGCGAGGAAGCUCUUAUUGUAUGCCUCGGCCAGUGGUGCUAUUCCCCACAACGGCGCUGGUGGAGUGCGCCGGCCAGAUCCAAACAGGAACGUGUGCGGUGUUUUCCAGAUCACCGGGUCGCCCGUAUGGCUUACCUUGAACGAUGUAAGGGACGCCUAUGAGGCCUGCAGCCCCGCGCGCUCAGUAUCCGAGCGGCGCCAGUGCUUCGAGGUGUAUGGCCUGGAUGCAGACAAGGUCGACCGCUACUACGAUCGAGUCUGCGAGAUGGAGCGACUCAUAGACCAUGGCGAUGCGGUGGCGCAGCAGAUGGUGGCAUCGGGCGGCGCCGUACUGCUGUACUUCAUGGCGUACUGCAUCCUGAAGGUGUGAUGACGUCAGCAGAGCCCAAGGAUCAAGCGAAGAGUGAAGAGUGUGUGGGGUAAGACUAUGUGGCGGAAUUGGUUUCUAGACCGCCGGAACGAGAAGCAUUAUAACAAGGUUUAUCGACUAAAGAGCUGGGGGGCUUGGAGGUCAUUGCAUUACAUGGUGCGAUGGUGAAGGGGCUGGUUAGGUUAGUUUAGGUACAGCAGGAGAAGAAACACGAACACAUCAAUAUGCACUACCAUUACCGCCCCCGAGGUGGCCUUCUAGUGUACCAGUACGGGCAGUACCCAGCAAGGGGCGCCAGGGCGCAUGCCAUGCAAGCGCGUGCGGCUCGGUGUUGUUCUGCACGUUCUGCGCCGGCUAGCAAAGGCGCAAUCUGCUCUGGAGCUCUGCCGUGUGCAGGGGGGGGGGCGUUGCACGCGGAGAAGGGCCGCACGCAUUGCAUAUCUGUACUAUAAAGUCUGCGUAGGUCAUGUCCAUGACCUGCGCUUCGUGCCAUUGAUUACAUACAAAGGGCCGCCGGUAAUACAGCAUGUGUGGCCUGCAUAAGAAGGGAGUCGGUGUGAGAGGGAAGAUGCGAGGGGCACAUGCGUUGGACCCAAAACAAUGGUCGGGAGCAAGCGGGAGUUUGCGGAAAGUACCUGGACUAAACUGGUUCGAGGUAUCCGUUGGCACAAUGUACAUUGAGCAGCUGUAGACGGCAUACAUCACCAUAUGCAGUAGCUGGUGCUGAUGGGCGGCACUGCGCGUUGGGGGCACACUUCCUUUUUUUUGCGAGGAAGCUGGCUGUGCAGUUGGUUGGGCUCCCGCUAGAGCAGCCAAUACGUGGCCUAGCUGCAUUAUUCGAGCGAAGCUGCUGGGAAGGUCGGAAAGUAUCAUUGGUGGGUGUGGGCAUGAUUUUACUACGUGCAGCCUGUGAAGUUGGUGCGAAUGUAGAAAGGCACGUUGCAUCGGUGUGCGUCACGACGGAUGUUGCAAGGUGGACGGACCCACGGGUCAGUCCCCUGAGCGCGGAAAUUUUGCGCUUGCAUCAUAAUAUGUACAUACGAGUUGAAGACGAGAAGAAAGAAAAAGUGUACGAGUUGGCUGUUGGCACGUUGUCUGUCAGCAUGUUGGGGCUUGUGUUUUGGUAGUUGUGAGCAGGAUCCAAAAGUGAGCAGGAUCCUAAUAAGAUGCGCGUAAACACAUUUCAUGCACGGAUUUCCAGUGGCAACAGUCGCCCUGGAAAUCCAGCAUUGCGCUGUCGUGGCAUUGUCUUUCAUUUGUCGUACAAGGGAACUCAUACGGCAUAUCAUAUUUUUUAUUGUGUGUGUGCCCCGUGUCACAUCGAUUGGUGUGUAGCACUCGGCUUGGGCUUGGGCUUGGCUUGUCCUAAAUAAGGAUUAUAACUGACAUCUUCCACACCUUAGUAUUGGUGGAAAAGCUCAUACAGCUUAUCCUUUAAUAGAAAGCGAGGCUUUGUAACCCCGUCAACGGUUCCUA